AGCAUGUCUUUCACAUGUCUCCUCCUGGCCGGGCUUCUGCUGCCCUACACCGUAACAGCCUCACAAUAUUAUGGAGGAUCAAUGACCUUCAACUCAAGACUGAGCUCUAAUGGUUCAUAUGAGGUGGAACUUCGUUACAAGACUGCCUACAAUGACUGUUCCCAAUAUAAUGACUGGUCCUGCAUGUCUGGAGACUGUGGAAAUGAGGUCAGUAAAGUGAUUGGUAAAGUAGACUCGAGUUCCAAUGGAAACAACUGGUGUCAGUCUGAGGGAGUCAUAACAAAGGAUUUAUCCACCAACAGACCAUUUGAGUUAGUGUCAAUGGGUUGCUGUUGGAUCAACGACAUAGUUGCAUACUCCGGAUUCUGGAAUCUUUUUUCUUUCAUUGACCUGGGAGUGAGAUCGGACACUUUGGUGCCUAACAAAUCCCCAAUCUCUACCACUCUACCAUUUCUUAAAGUUCCUCAAAACUGUGCCAGGAGGUACAACAUUUUAGCCUUUGAUCCAGAUAAAGACGACCAGGUCAGAUGCAGAUUUGGACAAAACAAUGAGUGUAAAAUCUGCAACCAACCUGAUGGUUUCACAUUGAAUCAGAACAACUGCUCUCUGUCAUAUGGACGAACCCUGAUCCUUGGAGUUUAUUCAUUUGAACUUGUAAUGGAGGAUUUCCCCAUUCGCAAGAUUACUCUGUCCUACAACGAUCAAACUUCAGUGGAAAGAUUUCCAAUCAGUUUAAUCAGAAACAGACGCAAUGCUAUUGCCAAAACAACGCCUAAAACAACUCCUACAGCAAAGUGCAAAACAACGAGCACAACAACAACGUAGAACAACACGCACAACAACACGCACAACAACAAGUACAACACCGCCAAGGCGACGCAUUACAACCCCUACAACCAAAAGUAAAAAAACACCCACAACUACAACAUACUCUACAAUAUCUAAAACAACACCUACAACAACAAGCACAACAACAGCCAAAACAAUUACUACAACAGCACUUCCAAUAAGGUCCAAUACAACAGCACCCACUACAAUAACUACAACAACACCUAUUACAUCAACAACAACAACCAGAACACCUUUACCAGCACACACAACAACACCAGCACCCACAACAACAACCACAAUAAUUCCUACAACAACACCCACAACAACAACCGAACCCACAACAACAACCACAAUAAUUCCUACAACAACACCCACAACAACACCCGAACCCACAAAAACAACCACAAUAAUUCCUACAACAACACUCACAACAACACCUGAACCCAUAACAACCACUAUUCCUACAACAACAACCACAACAACACCCGAACCCACAACAACAACCACGAUAAUUCCUACAACAACAUCCACAACCACACCCGAACCCACAAUAACAACCACAAUAAUUCCUACAACAACACCCACAACACCCGAACCCACAACAACAACCACAAUAAUUCCAACAACAACACCCACAACAACACCAGAACCUACUACAACACCCACAACAACACCCGAACCCACAACAACAACCACAAUAAUUCCAACAACAACACCCACAACAACACCCGAACCCACAACAACCACAAUAAUUCCUACAACACCCGAACCCACAACAACAACCACAAUAAUUCCAACAACAACACCCACAACAACACCUGAACCCACAACAACAACCACAAUAAUUCCUACAACAACACCCGAACCUACAACAACAACCACAAUAAUUCCAACAACAACCCCCACAACAACACCCGAACCCACAACAACAACCACAAUAAUUCCUACAACAACACCCACAACACCCGAACCCACAACAACCACAAUAAUUCCUACAACAACACCCGAACCCACAACAACAACAAUAAUUCCUACAACAACACCCACAACACCCGAACCCACAACAACAACUACAAUACUUCCUACAACAACACCAGAACCUACUACAACCCCCACAACAACACCUGAACCCACAACAACAACCACAAUAAUUCCUACAACAACACCCACAACACCCGAACCCACAACAACAACUACAAUAAUUCCUACAACACCCGAACCCACAACAACAACCACAAUAAUUCCAACAACAACACCCACAACAACACCCGAACCCACAACAACAACCACAAUAAUUCCAACAACAACACCCACAACAACACCCGAACCCACAACAACAACCACAAUAAUUCCUACAACAACACCCGAACCUACAACAACACCCACCCCCACAACACUUGAACCCACAACAACAACCACAAUAAUUCCUACAACAACCCCCACAACAACACCCGAACCCACAACAACAACCACAAUAAUUCCAACAACAACACCCACAACAACACCCGAACCCACAACAACAACCACAAUAAUUCCUACAACAACCCCCACAGCAACACCCGAACCCACAACAACAACCACAAUACCCGAACCCACAACAACGACCACAAUAAUUCCUACAACAACCCCCACAACAACACCCGAACCC